AACAUUUUAACAUUACACCCAACACAACACCACAACAUCAUCCAUCUCAUCUCUUCUCAUCUCAAAUGGCUUCCUCCACGAAGCAAUUCUUGCCUUCCAUGUCCUUCCUGGCAUUGCUCCUCUUGUCUUGUAGCUGUCCCCAUGCUCAUGCCAGGGAGAGCAAGUUCUUCAGCAAGGCCAUUCACCUCCACUCCACCACCAAGAAUGUCGAGGAGAUGAAGCCGCCUCACGUCAAGAUCCCGGUUCCUCCCCCGGAAUACGCGCUGGUGGAUUCACCCACUCCAUCUCCAUCUUCAUCCUUGGCUCCAGCAGCUGCACCUGUGGCUGCUCCGGUCUCUUCUGAGAUUGAGGGCGGGUACGGCCUGUACGGUCAUGGCUCGGGAGUCUUGUUGCCGGAGAAGGAAACCAAGACCACCCCCACCACGGUGACCGGCGGCUACCGAUCCGAAGCCACCUUGACCGGCGCCAACGGCAAUGACAAGUUCGAAAACGAGAUGAUGAGUGAAGAACUCAACGGUGAGAGCACGGAGAAGGAUGUAUACUCGAACGACCAUAAAAACAACUACUAUUACAACAACUACAAGAACCAGAAUGUCUACUCCAGCAACUACCACAGCCUGUACAGCGGCAGCACAAACAACCGGUACACUGAGAGUUACAAGGGGACUACCACCACCACCGGCGACAACCAGUACUACUACCCGAGCAACUAUAAUGCCAAUGAGAGGCAGGGGAUGAGUGACACGAGGUUCCUGGAGAACGGUAAGUACUACUACGAUGUCAAUAGGAUUGACGAGAAAAACGCGUACCAACAGGCGAAUGAGAAGAAAAGCUACAUGACCGAGAGCGAGGGAUCUUACGAGAACGAGAGUAACCGGUAUGAUCCGAAUAAGUCGAAAUACGAGUUCGACAGCAUGGAAGAAUACUACAAGAGCCAAGGAUACCAUCUGAACAACCCAGAGGCAUAUAUUCCUUGAAAGAGUGCAGAAGAGACACAGAUCAUGGGAUUGAUGAGAAAAAGACAGAAAUUGUAGUGACAUAUUGUUAUAUUCUCGUUUUAUUAUUAUUUUUCCUCUAAGAUAUUGGAGACACCAGCCGAGUGAUGAAGCUCAGCUUGAGUGUUUGCAGUUUUAUCAUUUUGUGGUUUGCAUGGAAAGGAUAUUAGAGUUCCAUCCAUAUAUAUCGUGGCACAUUUUUUUAAGAUCGCGAGGUUUUCUUUUUCUUUUU